AUGUGCCAAUUGAUAGGCGGUAACUCCAAGUUCCGCGAGAGCCUGAGGGUUCGAUUUGGCGGAGAGGCCGAGCACCUCAACCACGUCAACCUGUCACCUCCACACAUUCUCUUUACCCAAUCCUUUUUCCCCAACAAUAUGAACGCAGUCCUUCACGAAAACCACGGCAGCAUCGGCUCGAACCCCGGCGGUUCUUGUUCGCCUCAAGCACCAAUGGGCCCAGGAAUGGCUUUCUUCCCCGGUUCUGCGCGACAUGAGCAAUCAACCGCUGCGCUAUCUGGACCUCUAAUGGUUGUAUGUCCCCUGGCUUACCCUCCUGGAGUUCAUAUGCACGGCAUCUACGCUUUUUCGGCCAUGAUUCCAGCGAAGCUUCAGCCUCAAGCUGGGUUGAACUACACCUGGGCCAAUCCCUAUUCCCGCUGGACAGGGCAACAGCCAGCCGGAAUGCUUCAGCAACCAAUUCAUCAUCCAGGAAAGACUUUGAUCCAUCCCUACUUGGAUCAGCUGGACCCGUUUUGCCCGGUUGAUCCGUGCCAGAUUGGAUCUGGCUCGAAGCCCGUUCGAAGCAAUGUUCAAUCCGAGGAUCCAGGACAUCUAAUGUCUAAGGAUACGAUUCAAGGCCAUCAGCCUGAUGAUCAAGAUGCCAUCAUCAACAUAGAGUCAGCCCUUGAUUGUGACCGUGACUUUGCUCAGACUCUCAGCAAGGUCAUGGUGAAAACAUCUGAUUGCCUGAUGGCAUUGCUGCACGAGGAGCUGGACAGACUAGACAAGCUGGACGCCGAAAACACAGCUAUCUCCAAUGUCCAGGGUUGGAACUCAACGCCUGGCAUCAAGCCUGAGGCCAAGGCUGGUGAGACUAGCCAGUUUGACUUACAAGUCGUUAAAUGUGACGGGCCGGAUGAAGCGCUUCCAGCGCUUGACGAGGCGGGAAGCCAGCCUCAGGCGAGCGACGAGUUCAAAGCCUUUGGUCAGGUAUCCCUGAGUGGCAAGCUCGAGGCCAUGGACGCGGUGACAUGCAAGCCUGAUGCCAGCUCGAAUCAAGUCGGGAAAAUCAGGACCGACUGUGGUAGUCCGAAUAGGACCGCUGGGAAGGAGCGCAAUGACUCCCGCUGCCACCAAGCUCCCGGACUCAACACAAAUGCACCUCCACUUGGUAAGGGCUCCUCGGUUUGA